AUGGCGAGAAUGGCCGGCGUGUCUGUUGCUGUUGAAGUUCUAUGCGGUGUUGUGGUUGUAUGGGUUGUGUGGGUUGUGUGGGAUGCUCCAGUUGUGCUGAAAUGCCUUGGUGAUGCUGUGAGAGACGACGAGAUGUGUGAUGAUGAUAGUGAUGGUGACGAAAGUUGGGAGGAGGAAGAAGGGCGACUCCUUGUGUCUUUAUACCCCAAGGCUGGAAGUCCAUGGCCACACGAGAGAGAUGGCGAAGUGCACAAGAAAGAAUGA